AUGUCCGACCCAUUUUCGAUUGCAGGAGGUGCAGUCGGCAUCAUUUCGCUUGGUAUUCAGCUGUGUAAGGAGAUUAUCUCCUACGCGGCAGCAUGGCGAGGCCACGACGACGAUAUUCAGGCCGUUGGUAUGAAGGCUGAAGAACUACAAACAGCCUUGAAAGCACUACACGAAAUCGUGGAGGGUGUCCGACUCACCGAUCCUGCGGUUGCGAGAGACCUCAAUCAGAAGGCCAUAAGCCUUCAGUGUCAGAUAGAAAAGGUCAAGAGACAUAUAGACCAGUACAGGCCUGCUCUGCCUGAUAGUAGCAUCAGCAAAUUUCGCAAUAAACUCAAGAAAGCCGCAUAUCCGAUUACUGCGCGAGAUGCUUUAUGCUCUAUGAAGGCUGAUAUGGACAGUAUGCAGUCAACUAUACAGACAGUACUAGCUAUAUUCAAUGCUCAGAAGGUGCAGAAGUCCGAGAGUAGACAAGAGAAAAUGUUCCAACUUAUCGAAGAGAUGCAUCUUGCCAUGAGGAGCGCGUCACCAGGGACCAUACCAGCGCCAGGACUACUUCGAUCAUUCUGUGAUCGACAUGUGGAAUAUAAAGAGGCAGCCAGCCAAUAUUCACAAUUGAUUUCAAAGAACGGAGUUGAAGGUGACCCAACUUACAAGGCGUGGUAUGCCGCUCAGCCCUCGCUAGGGUCUGUUCACCGAAGCAAACGAAAGUUUCGAGCAAAGCUCGUGGAGAAGUCUUAUCAAUAUCACAGUUACUGGCUAAAUCGUGCUAUCGCCCUGUCAUACUCGGUUUCAACAGGAGCCGGAGGGUUUUCAUUUGCACCUGUUUUAGGAGUACAAACAAUUCGAGGAGAACAUAGCUGGGUCGCCCAACGACUUCGCAUGUUCAACACAUUCGAUCAUCUAAUCUUUCCUCUAUAUGACGGAAACUUGGAUGAUUUGGUCCAUGAAUUUCAGAAUGCAUUUCAUGAUAGAUCAGCUGCCCCAUCUGACAUAGUGAGUUAUGGAGGCUAUUGUCGAGAGCCAGCAUAUUCACUCGUGGAUUCUUUCACCCCCAUCCUUGCUGGGCAGGAACGUCAUAGUGUGUAUAGAUUUGUCCACUUUAUGAUUGAAUGUGGGUCGAUUCCAAAUAACACCUUUUCACUUGGAGUUCUAAGCCAGCUGUGCUCUGAAUUUCGCUGGGUUGGACGCGAUUACACUUUCGCGUCGCACUUGAUUGAUCUUGGGGGACCUAUCACGUUUCUACCACGCACGCGGCUUGGAAGACAUAACAUGAAGGGCCUUCUACUUAUGGAUGAAGAUUACAUCAAGCUCCCAGAUAUAGGAAAGAUCAUCCUUCGGGAAUCAGAUCAAGAGCUUAGAGAAGCACUUAACCGGAACACCGCACAGCCUGAUCAAAAGAUUAGGGCUCUAUUGCUGCUUGAAUUGGCGAUUGGUUGGCCUCUAGGGGUACAUAUUCUUAUGGAAUUCGGGGCGAACGCCAAAGCAGUUUCUCUUGGCUGCGCCUGCUACCCCCUUUGCGACACUGAUGAUGACGAUUGCGAUGCCUAUUGUGCAUCCAUCACCCCAUUGCUCAAAGCUGGAUGUAAGUUCGAUGCGUAUGACAUCUUUUCUUGUAGAUCCAAGACAGUAAGGUCACUCUUAAUUCAAGAGCUGGCCAGACGACGAAGAAAGCUGUGGGACCUGGCUCAAUCUAACCUGCCGCCGAAUAAAGCUAUUGAGUUUUACACCCGAGACGAUUCAAUUAUCGAUGCCCAAGCCGCUAGCUUGCAUGCUGAACUUCUUGCACAAGGAUGGGAGAUCGAUUGUUCUUUGCCGGUCGAUUGCCAAACUGGCGGACGGUCUCUUUACCAUUGCCGUGAAGCUUUCACCGAAGCAAGUGAGGAGCUAUACCGAGCUGGCUUUCGAGAUAUCGAUAUUCGCGAUAACUCUGGCUUUACACCCUUGAUGCUGUUUAAUUCAGCCCCAUGGAUGAAUAUGGAUCCGUUCCAACGCAAGAUUGAAAUGUGCAUAUGGCUUGUUUCCAAAGGAGCAAAUUUGGCCGAAUUGUUGCCAAACUCCAACGCGACAGUUGCUCAUCACAUUAGCUCGGUAGUUGUUGAAAAGGUUUUUCGAGUCAUCCAGGGUGACUACCGGUAUGGAACAAACAAUUGGCCCAGAUUCGAGGCACUUAUCACAGGACACAAGCAUACUGUUUUCUUUGUCCCUUAUGGUCGGGAUGAUUGUGUCUGUGGAUGUUGUCUUGGUGGUUGUACUACUGUUUCGGUGGCACUUCGAAAGGCCACUAGAAUGACUGCCAUGUUUUGUGAACUCGCUCUGGGAGAGCAGUCCGGUCUUUUCCGCCGAGUCUACCAACAAGUUCUUUCAUGGACCAACUCCCGAUCGGGGUUUGCUCAGGCCAUUAUCAGGUUUUUUACGUUUGAGGCAUUGCGGUUAAGGCAUACGUGCUGCACUGAAAUCGAUCAUAUCCCAGAAUUUGGAUGGAAAAACGCUAGAGAUCGGACAGAAAUAGAACGCAUUCGGGAGGAAGACCAACAAGGCCUCCACGAACUCGAACAGCUUGUUUCUGAGUUUGAAAUCCGCUUCAACGAACUGGGGCUGCCUAUCAGGGAGUUUAUGAGUCGUUAUUGGUAUACUCGAAUGGUUGGACUUCUCUCGAAUCGUGGCCCUUACGAUGAAGAAUAUCACCAGCAGACAAGAAGUCUUGGUGUGUUUCUGAAUGCCGACGAAAACACCGUUCCUGAUGUUGUUACUUGGUUUGGUUCUCCCAUUGAGUUGGAUUCAGACUGUCAGACCACGUAG